GAAAUUUAACUCAAUUUUUAUUACAUUAGUUUCGUCCGUCGCUGUUUGCAAUCUCAACGGUUAUCGCGUGUUUUUAGAGUCGGAAAUUGGUACCGGAACUGAACACGUUCGGUGUUCCUCAGUGAUAGCUUGGUAACUUGGUAAGGCUUCGGCUCAGCUGAGCUCAGCUCCGCACCAGACAUGGGUGAUGAGGAGAACGUCAAGGAGGGUGACAAGAAAAUCGUACACAUCUAUCCGCUAGUCAAGCACUCUGAUAUGAAGGAAGAAAUGCGUCAUGAGGUUGUCGAGUUGAGCGUUAGUAUGUGCGAGAAAUUUUCUUCAAAUUAUGAGUUAGUUGCAAAAAUGAUAAAGGAGAGCAUGGACAAAAAAUUUGGCAUCUAUUGGCAUGUAGUUGUCGGUGAGGGAUUCGGCUUUGAGGUGUCCUAUGAGACUGAGAAUAUACUCUAUCUAUUCUUUGGUGGCAACUUGGCCAUUGUGCUGUGGAAAUGCUCCUAAACGCCAGCAAAUAACCAAAUCACCAACAGACGUACCUAGAAACCAAACCAAACAAGAAUAUAAGAAAUUUGUGUAUAACUUAUCCACUAUAUGUAGCAUUAAGUUAAUGUUAUGUGUUAAGUUGCCCCAUGUGAAGGACAAAAGAAUAAGCAAUAGUAAAACCGCUGCAAUGCAAAUAA